AUGGAGCGGGAUGGUGGAAUAUUAGAACAGUACAGUAAAAAGAUUUCAACGGAACACAAAAUGGAUACCAGUGCACAAACUUCAACACAUUCUGCAUUACAUUUCAUUAAAACGUGUAAUUACUUCAUCCCAGAGAUAGAGCCCCCCUGCAUAAAACGACAACAUAAUACAGCUUCCCUAGCCUCAUCAAUGCCUCAACCAGCACUGUUGCGCCGACAAACCUUUUUGCCGAAUGGUCCAUACCCUCUAUUAAUGCCAUUGAAAUGUCUCAAAAGGAAACAGCGCAGUGAGAAAAAUCCCAUCCCAAACGAACAGAAAGAUGACAAAUAUUUCGAAAAACGAAAACGUAACAACGAAGCUGCAAAAAAAUCACGUGAUGCAAGAAAAAUGCGGGAAGACAGGAUCGCAUUGAAAGCAGCCCUACUGGAACGUGAAAAUUCCAUUCUAAGAUCUCAAAUAUUUGCCCUUCAGGAAGAAGUUUACGCGUUAACUCAAAUAGUUUGUUUUAAAAAUGUAUCUCAAAAUCUAAACCCUUCGCCAUAA